UGUCACAGCAUCAUGCAGCAGGUCAAACAAGGCAUCUCCUAGUAUUGCAACCUACAGAUGUGCCGUCAACAUCCAAAGACAAUGGUUUAGAGCGGGCGAUGCUGUUUUGGAAAGAAGAAUGGUUUAGACAUCUCCAUGUUAGCCAUGAGCCUAACACUGUCCCCCUUGAGGUCCCACGACCUGGAUCCCAUGGCUACUGAUGCCUCCCCAAUGGCCACCAACCUGACCCCCACGGUGGAACGGGAAGAAGGAGAAGAUGGGUUGAAGGAGAUGGAUCCUGACCAGCGAUAUGAAAAGCCUCCCCCGCUCCACACCGGGGCAGACUGGAAGAUUGUCCUCCACCUGCCAGAAAUAGAAACGUGGCUCCGGAUGACCUCGGAGAGGGUCAGGGAUCUGACCUAUUCGGUCCAGCAAGACUCAGAGAGCAGGCAUGUGGAUGUUCAUUUAGUCCAGCUAAAGGACAUCUGUGAAGACAUCUCAGAUCACGUCGAGCAAAUCCACGCCCUCCUGGAGACCGAGUUUUCCCUGAAGCUCCUGUCCUACUCGGUCAACGUGAUAGUUGAUAUCCACACGGUACAGCUCCUCUGGCAUCAGCUGCGGGUCUCCGUCCUGGUCCUGAGGGAACGGAUCCUGCAGGGGCUGCAGGACGCCAAUGGGAACUACACCAGGCAGACGGACAUUCUCCAGGCUUUCUCUGAGGAGACCAAGGAGGACCGGCUUGACUCUCUGACGGAAGUGGAUGAUUCGGGACAGCUGACUAUCAAAUGCUCCCAGAAUUACCUGUCCCUGGAUUGCGGCAUCACGGCCUUCGAGCUGUCAGACUACAGCCCCAGUGAGGAUCUGCUCGGGGCCCUGGGAGACAUGGCCACUGGCCAGGCUAAACCCAAGCCGUUUGACUCCUGGAGCUACAGGGAGAUGGAGAAAGACUUUCCAGAGCUCAUGCGGAGCGUGGGGCUGCUGACAGUGGCCGGCGACACCCUCCUCCCCUCUGGGAGCGGAGCCGUCAAUGAAGAUGUGAUGCACUCCACUCCUCCUGCUGAAGAAGAGGGCCAGAUGGAGGGGAGCAGAGCAGCCCCUCCAGCGGAGGAGCUUCCCCCCGACUUAUCUCCCCCAGGCCCGGCAGGGCCCGACCCCCCGGCCGUCAGCCAGCCCACUGUGGAGCCGGUGAAGCCAGAGGGUCGCAAGGCCCAGCAGCCCCCCACCUGCGAUAGUGCCACUCCCAAGAGGCCCAUCCGAGACUGUUUCAAUUACAACGAGGAUUCCCCCACUCAGCCCUCUCGCCCCAAGCGGGGCCUGUUCCUCCAGCAGGAGACCUUUCCGGGCGGCGGGGAUGGGCACGCUUUGAACCCGCCCGGCGCCCUGUCAAAGCCGGCCCUGAGCCGGAGCACCCCAUCCCUGCUGGACCCUCCCGACCGCUCCAAGCUCUGCCUGGACCUGCAGGCCUCCUACCCCAGCGGUCUGGCCGCGGUGAGCCAGUCGUACGAGUGUCUGCACCGGACGGGGGACGGGGUGCCUGAGCGACCGGCCCGUGGUCCCUCGAAGGAGAACUCGGCCAGCCUGGGCCGGCUCUCGGAGCGCAGCCGCAAGGAGAAGUUACGGCACAAGAAGGCCCCCGAGGCCCCCAACGGGGUUUUUUGUAGGUCGUCUAGAGGGGAGCUAGCUCCUGCUCCCAGCCAGCCGGUAGAAAACAGGAGGGACUCGGCAGGAAAGCAGGGCCCCACUGCCCGCACCCCCCAGAGCAGGGAGAAACCCAGGGCCAGUGCUGCACCCCAAGCCGCCGGGGGUCCUGGCACCCGGGAGACUUCACAGGCCGAACUGCCAAGCCAGGCCGAGCCACCUGGGCCAUCCCCGCCUGGCUCCCCCUCUCCCCCCUCCCCGCCCCCGAAGGACAAGAACAAAAAGAGCUACUUCUCUUCUCCUAGCCACGUGACCAGGAACGGUUCGGUCGUGGAGGCCUGGUAUGGCUCCGAUGAGUACUUAGCCCUCCCUUCUCACCUCAAGCAGACGGAAGUGCUAGCGUUGAAGCUGGAAAAUCUGACCAAGCUCCUUCCUCAGAAGCCCAGAGGAGAAAAAAUCCAGAAUAUCGACGACUGGGAACUCUCAGAAAUGAAUUCGGAUUCUGAGGUGUACCCCACCUGCCCGGUUAGUAAGAAGCACAAGAGGUUUGGGAGGGUGUCUCCCAGCUCUUCAAGCGAUGCGGCCUCCUCCUUGGAGGAGAGCAUCGAGUCUGGGCCUCUGAGCGAGAUUCUGUCAGAUGAGGAGCUGUUCGGGCCUAUGUCAGGAAUUAAAAAAUGGGCUGGGGAGAGGUCGGAGGGGAACGCCAUCGCCGAGAAAAAUGAGAGCGCCGCUGCUAAAUCCGCAGUAAUCCAGCAACUGAUGCAGGACAUCCAACACCAAGAAAACUAUGAAGCGAUCUGGGAAAAAAUUGAGGGGUUCGUAAGCAAGCUGGACGAAUUCAUUCAGUGGUUAAAUGAAGCCCUGGAAACAACUGAGAACUGGACCCCUCCAAAAGCAGAGACGGACGGCCUGAAACUGUACUUGGAGACACACUUGAGCUUUAAGUUGAAUGUAGACAGCCAUUGUGCUCUAAAGGAAGCUGUGGUGGAAGAAGGACAGCAACUUCUUGAGCUUAUUGUAUCUCACAAAUCAGGACUGAAGGACAUGCUGCAGAUGAUUGCAAGUCAGUGGAAGGAACUACAGAGGCAAAUCAAACGGCAGCACAGCUGGAUUCUUCGGGCUCUGGAUAUCAUCAAAGCGGAGAUACUGGCUACUGAUGUGUCUGUAGAGGAGGAGGAAGGGAAUGGAAGCCCCAAGGCUGAGGUUCAACUAUGCUAUCUGGAAGCACAAAGAGAUGCCGUUGAGCAGAUGUCCUUAAAGCUGUACAGCGAGCAGUACGCCAGCAGUAGCAAGCGCAAAGAAGAGUUUGCUGAUAUGUCAAAAGUUCACACAGCAGGAAGUACUGGCCUUCUGGACUUCGAUUCAGAAUAUCAGGAGCUGUGGGAUUGGCUGAUUGACAUGGAAUCCAUAGUGAUGGACAGCCACGACCUGCUGAUGUCAGAGGAGCAGCAGCAGCAUCUUUACAAGCAAUACAGUGUAGAGAUGUCAAUCAGGCAUCCGAAAAAGAUGGAGCUGCUUAGUAAGGUUGAAGCUUUGAAGAAAGGUGGUGUUUUACUACCAAAUGAUCUCCUUGAAAAAGUGGAUUCAAUUAAUGAAAAAUGGGAACUGCUUGCGAAAACCCUAGGAAAGAAGAUCCAGGACACAAUGGUAGGGCCCGGUGGGCUAGGGCCACGUGACCUGCUCUCCCCCGAAAGCAGCAGCCUGGUAAGGCAGCUGGAGGUCAGGAUCAAAGAACUGAAAGGAUGGCUGAGAGAUACAGAGCUUUUCAUCUUCAAUUCCUGCCUGAGACAAGAAAAAGAAGGAACAAUGGAUGCUGAGAAACAACUCCAAUACUUUAAGUCUCUCUGUGGUGAGAUCAAACAGAGGCGCCGGGGGGUGGCCUCCGUCCUGCGACUGUGCCAGCACCUUCUGGAUGACCAAGAGACCUGCAACCUGAACGCAGACCACCAGUCAAUGCAGCUGAUCAUCGUCAACCUGGAGAGGCGGUGGGAAGCCAUAGUCAUGCAGGCCGUCCAGUGGCAAACACAGCUUCAACGGAAGUUGGAAAAUGGGCCGGAGAUUUUGAAUGUGAUUGAGCAGGGUUUGGUGGACCUUAAUGGAACCAAUGAAGAUGCCCUGGAAUGGGAUGAAACGGACAUCGGCAAUAAACUAAUUAGCAUCCACGAAGACACAAAUGACCUUGAUCAAGAACAAAAUCCUGCAAUGCCAAAUACGAAAUCUGAAUCAGAAGACCCCGACAGAGAGGAGCGGAGUUAUGAGGGAUACGCUGAAGAGCCAGGGAGAGCUCCGUAUAGCCCCAGCAUUCCUGGCCCCACUAGCCCACAGAUCUACCAAGUUUACAGCCUCCACAAUAUCGAAUUGUACGAUGAGAACCACAUGACUUUUCGCCAAACCAGUCCCAAGUUCCCUGGCUUAACCCAUCCUAUGGCGUUAACUAAAAGUCUCAGCAACGACUCUUCUUUCUCAUCGACCAAAUCUCUCCCAGACCUCCUAGGAGGGAUUCCUCUGGUCAAGCCAGGCCUGAGUCGAGGAGGAGACAUCAGCCUACAUUCAGGCAGUGAGAGUGGGAUAGUGAGCGAAGGCGACCCUGAAACCACCACCAAUUCUGAAAUGUGCUUGGUGAAAGAUAGGGAUGGAACCCAGAGCAACCCGGAAACUGGGCACCCAGCCCCACAGAUGAAAGAGGUAGUCAGUGCUCUAAGACAAAAGCUCAAAGAUGAGGAGGGGCACAUUCCCCUCUCCAAUAACUACCAGUCACCCCCAUCACCUGUGAGUUGCAUAAAUGGAAAAGAUGGAGAUUUCAACAGCAUUACCAAGCCUUCCUCUGUUUGUUUGGAAGACGAGUUGAGAGGAAAACCUGAUGUGUUGACGUUUCAUGAUUACUCCGACCUCCAAGGCCCAGAACUCAAGUUCCCUAUGAUCGUGAAGCAGUCGCAGAGUGAAAGAGCCCAUCCAGAGGAAACUCUGCUCCAUGGUUUUCAUUGUGACAAGGCACCCUGUAAAUCUAAACAUCCAGUCAUAGAGCCACAACCAGACAAAUCUCCCCACGAACUGACCUUGGCAAGUGCAACCCCCGAAACAGAUCCCAGUUUCUCUAAAUCUGAGGAUGGAGAAAAACCUGCUGGCAUGCAGACUGGCAAACAGCCCUCCUUUUUAUCCUGCAGCUCUUCCUUGGAGUCCCUUUCUCCAGGAGGAAACAUAUUUGGUUUGGGAAUCUUUAAGAAUGGUGAGUGCCUUCAGCGGAGCAUUUCGCUGGAGAGCUGGUUAACGUCAUAUAAGAGCAAUGAAGAUCUCUUCAGCCCCCACAGUUCCGGAGAUGUAAGUGUUAGCAGUGGAUCAGUGGGGGAGUUGAGCAAGAGGACUCUGGAUUUGCUGAAUCGUUUGGAGAACAUUCAGAGCCCUUCGGAACAGAAGAUAAAGCGCAGUAUCUCCGAUAUCACCCUCCAGAGCAGUUCCCAAAAGAUGUCCUUCACCGGCCAUUCUCUGGACAUCGCAUCCUCUAUCAACGGGGACUCAGCGGCUUCCCUCACAGAGCUCAGCAGCAGCGACGAGCUAUCUCUCUGCACAGAAGACAUUGUGCUACACCGGAACAAGCUCCCCGAUUCGAACGCGUCAUUUAGGAAGCGCCUGACUCGCUCUGUAGCGGACGAGAGUGAUGUCAACGUCAGCAUGAUCGUCAACGUUUCCUGCACCUCCGCGUGUACAGAUGAUGAAGAUGACAGUGACCUACUCUCCAGCUCCACCCUCACCUUGACUGAAGAAGAGUUGGGCCUCAAAGAUGAAGAUGACUCCAGCAUUGCGACAGAUGAUGAUCUGUAUGAAGAGUGCAAUAUAAUUUCUGGGUUGGACUACAUAAAGAACGAGCUGCAGACCUGGGUGCGUCCAAAGUUUUCACUGGCAAGGGAAAAGAGAAAAUGUAAUCACAGUGAUGAGAUUCAAAGCGGUAGAGAUAUAAAUGGAAGGGAAACACCCAAUCCCACGGAUAUGUUGAACAUUGAAGCCCUCCUGAAUGGCUCCGUGGGGCUCUCAGAAAACAAUGGGAAUGAUGGCAAGAAUGUGUCAAACAACCAGGAGUUAGGAACAAAAGGUCAAAAUAAAAAGAACAGUACCAAGGUUGAGAAAGAUCCACUGGUGGAUGAUAUGGAGAAUGGAAAUGUCGAAAGUGCCCCAGCUGGGAAGAAAGAAGAAGUUGGUAGAAUGUCAACGAUGGCAGAGAAUCGUGAUCCAGUUGGAAAGAAGGCCCCAGAAAGUGAGUGGUGUGUAUGUGAAGAAUUUACAGACAGCUCGGAUGAUUCAAAUAUGGAUGGGAAGGAAAUUGUUUCACCACCUAAAGCUUCCAGAAGCCCUCCUAAACAACAUCAUAGUCACCCGAGCACUGACAAUCCUAAUGUGGCUUUUUCACUCACUGAAAAGCCUGGCCCAGAAUCCACCCCAGAAAACAGAGUAAUGGAGGUUCCAGAUUCCACUUUCCUGACAUCUUCACCUGUGAGUGAGCCGAGUAUUGCUGAAAAAACUAAUUGCUUUCUAGCCCUCAAACCAAAUGAGGCAGAUGAAAGCCCUGCUGAGGAAGGCCUCACUUCAUGUUGUAACUGUGUGCCUGGCGUCAUGGAUGAAAAAGGGGCAAAAGAUUGCUCUGUUCACAACUUUGUGAAGGAGAUCAUUGACCUGACCUCAACAGCUCUGAAGAACAAGACCCAACCAGAGAACGAAGCAGCCUCUCCCACAUCAUUAGCCCAGAUCAAGGAGAAGGUACUGGAGCAUUCUCACAGACCCAUCCAUCUAAGGAAAGGGGACUUUUAUUCCUACCUCUCCCUGUCCUCUCACGACAGUGAUUGUGGUGAGGUCACCAACUACAUUGAAGAGAAAAGUAAUACUCCACUGCCUCUGGACUUUAGUGAAUCUGGCUUAGCAGACAAAGAAGAUGUUGAGUGCUUCUUUGAAGCUUGUACUGAAGAUGACCCAAGUGGAAAAGUAUCCCCUUUCACCCAGAUCCCUUCCAGUGAGGCUCCAGGACCUGGGAAAGAGCCCAUUUCACCAGAGAUACUAAGUUCUUCCAAUCGUAUGUACCUUUCUUCUUCCAGUGACCACACAGGCAAGGCAGUGUCCAAGCCAGUCCCUCAGAAAGUCCCCACCCUCCCAACAGAGCCAGGUGGUGAGCCCCAGAUUUCAGACCAUUGUGAGGAGAGUUCAAACCCAUCUUCUUCCAAACCGAGCAGUGGGAAAGGUAGGUCAGGAAAUCUGGAUGGGAUUGAAAUGCCAAGAGGAACGGAUGUGGCUUUGGUCAAAACUUCCAGCCCAGACCUCCCAAUGAAACCAGAAGAGCCAAUGGACCAGGCAGAGUUGCAUCCUAACACCAAAACUUUAACCUGUGAGGAAAACCUACUGAAUCUUCACCAAGAGCGGCACAUAAAUAUGCACAGGUAGAAUGCAACCAUCCCAGGCACGGAGAUCAUCUCAUUAAAAGGACCCCGGCUCCAGCUCAGGUCCCGAUCCAUCGUCCCCACCCCAAGAUGACCUCUUCACCCAUCGUGUCACUGCCUCUCGGUCCCCAGACCCCUACGAUAAAUAUUCCUCCCCGAUGCGGUUUGUCCAUGUGGGCUUUGUGAGCUGGCUGUGUGCGCUGGUCCUGCUAGGUGCUCAUUUUUGAUGUGUAGCAAAGCCGUUUGGUUCUACAUGGAUUCCUGUCCCAAGCUACCUCGACAGACUUCCCUUCCUCACUCGGACCUUUCUGUUGACCUCUUCCUGAUCUGUGCAUCCUUGUUCUGCCGUUCUCUGGAGGGGGCAAACCAGAGUCCCCUUUCCAGAAGGAUCCCUGCCAGUCCUUUACUAGUUCAUGUUCCAGGUUUAAUAUUGUUCUCUGCAGAAUGAAACAGUUUUUCCUUAUAAGCAAACAUUUGAGUUGAUUGCAGCAAAGAGAAGAGUCAUUAGUCCUCCUGGUUCAAUCCAUUUUCCAAUUAAGCAAUUAAAAUAAACAGCAUCAUAUUUAUUUUGUUUGAAAAAAAUCUAUGCAGCACUUCAAGAAACAACUACACAGUGUUGUAUAUUAUAAACUGGUGAUGUUCUACUCUUGAAUUAUGUACACCAUUUUGGUUUUUUAUGCUUCUUGAGGUGGUAAUGAGAAAAAAGUUUUUUAAAAAAAGUGUGCCUUGCUGUAUUUCUUAUGCCAUUUAUUAAAAAGCUGCUUUCACAGUAAAAUUAUGUUGGUUUGAAAGGAGGAAAUAGCAAGGUUAAGAUGUGUGAAUAAUGUCUGUAUAUAUGUAUAACCAAGUGCAAACAUUGAUGUAUAAUGACAGUAUAAAAUGCUUUCAUGUUUGUGAUGUCCAGUGGUGUGGAAAAUAUGAGCCUUAAAUCCAUUAGAUUGCAUGGUAAUUAGAAUUGGCAUAAUAAACGUAGUUUAUUGGGGGGAAAAGCAGAAUCGGUGAUCUGUUCUACCUUGUUUUUUAAAAAUCAUCCUACACCAAGUUCUGAAAGUAAUUUAAAUAUGGCAGUUUCUGAACUUCCCCUAUAAGGAAAGAGGUUUGAGUUAACUUGCAUUAUUCAGGCAGUGGCUAUAGAGCUUCUAUGUUAUUUGUGUAGAUACCAAUAUUCAGCAACAUUGAACUAGUGACUGACCAACAAUUUCCCCUGAACUAAUAAAUAUUUAUCCUGGACCUUUA